AACCCGUAGAAGGCUCCUCUUCAUUCAGCGAAUCACUCUCCAAUCUUCCUCCAAGCGAUCAGGCAGAAACUCAAGACUACUCAAGACUACUCAAGACUACCUCACAAUGGUUGCGCGAGCUGCUGCGAAGAAAGGCUCCGUGUGGCUGAGCGAUCCCUCCACGUACCCACUGCUCUGUGCUCUAGGAGCGGCAACGCUCUUGUGCGCCGCGACUGGUGUGCGCCACCUGACCACGAGCCCUGACGUCAAGUGGGACCGCGAAGUCCGCAAGCACCCGGAUAUGGCGCUUAAGGACCGCUCCGAGUGGCGCUCGCACCGCAAGUACAUCUCGAGUCUGCACUCGAACGCUGUCAACGCUUAUCACGACAAGUAGACGUCUGCUCUUCAUCCGCAGUCGCCAUCAUCCUCUCCGUUCAACCGUGUAUCAAACACUAAACAAACAAUAAUACCACGCCGUGUUGACUCUCUCA